AAAAAUAAAUAAAACGUUAAAAAAAAAUUAAAAAAAAAAAAGAACUUGUUUUAAGUGCAAUGAUGGGAAAGUAUAAUUCUAUGUAGCCGAGUGGACCCAAUCUUGUGUGGAUGAAAGGAGGGUUCAGGGAGUUUUCUUAAGUACAUGACAUGUGAGCUGAGAUCCAAAUAAUGAACAGGACUUGUGUAGCAAAGAAUGGGGAGGAGCAGAUUCGCAGUGGAUAAACAGAUGCAAAGGUCUUGCGGCUGGAAGAAACAGAGCAUGGUCACAUCUGGAAUAAUGAGAAUAAAGGUUGUAGAGAAGAAAAUGAGGUUGGGAGCUCAGGGCCUUGCAGACCACCAUAAGAACUGUGGUCUUGACCUUCACAGCAAAGGAAGCCAAUGAAGUGAUUUAAGCAAGAACAUGAAAUGACUAAAUUUCUGUAUUCAAAGAUCACUCCCACUGCAAGGAGAAGAAUGGACUGGAGGAGAGCCCAACUGAAUGCAGGGGUGCAAUGUGAGAAGCCAUUACAGCAGGCCACGUGAGGGUUGAUGGCAGCUUCACCUAGGGUGGUAGUGGUGGAGCUGGAAAGAAGUGGAAAAAAUCAAGAGUUAAUUAAGAGCAAAAUCUACAGCAUCUCAUGAUGAACUGGAUGUAGAAGAAAGCAUCACAGUCUUCACAUGAUGUGGCUUCUAAAGACUCAAGGACCACCCACCUUACCAGUCUGCAAUGGCAAAGGCAGAAAUGGAUAUUUAAACACCACAGCUUCCAUUCUGUUAUUAAUCACUCUGUAGACAUGUGCCACCACUACAGGGAGUGAACUGCACCAAGGGGGAAAGUUCCAGGGGCCCCCGAACCACCAGCACUCUUGUUUCUCCCCCUGGAGAGAAAGCAGAACUAUGGCAUUUUAUAGCUGCUGUUUGAUCCUCUUGGCAAUUACCUGGUGCACUUCUGCCUAUGGGCCUGACCAACGAGCUCAGAAGAAAGGGGACAUUAUCCUCGGGGGGCUCUUUCCUAUUCAUUUUGGAGUAGCAGCCAAAGAUCAAGAUCUAAAGUCAAGGCCAGAGUCUGUGGAAUGUAUCAGGUAUAAUUUCCGCGGGUUUCGCUGGUUACAAGCAAUGAUAUUUGCCAUCGAGGAAAUAAACAGCAGCCCAGUCCUUCUUCCCAACAUGACACUGGGAUACAGGAUAUUUGACACUUGCAACACUGUUUCUAAAGCCUUGGAGGCCACUCUGAGUUUUGUGGCACAAAAUAAAAUUGAUUCUCUGAACCUCGACGAGUUCUGCAACUGCUCAGAGCAUAUCCCCUCUACUAUAGCUGUGGUGGGAGCAACUGGUUCAGGCAUCUCCACAGCGGUGGCAAACCUGCUGGGCCUCUUCUAUAUUCCCCAGGUCAGCUAUGCCUCCUCCAGCAGACUCCUCAGCAACAAAAAUCAGUUCAAGUCCUUUCUCCGUACCAUCCCCAAUGAUGAACACCAGGCCACUGCCAUGGCAGACAUUAUCGAGUAUUUCCGCUGGAACUGGGUGGGCACAAUUGCUGCUGAUGAUGACUACGGCCGGCCAGGGAUUGAGAAGUUUCGAGAGGAAGCUGAGGAGAGGGACAUCUGCAUCGACUUCAGUGAACUCAUCUCCCAGUAUUCUGAUGAAGAAGAGAUCCAGCAAGUGGUGGAGGUGAUCCAGAAUUCCACAGCCAAAGUAAUUGUUGUUUUCUCUAGUGGCCCAGACCUUGAACCCCUGAUCAAGGAGAUUGUCCGGCGUAAUAUCACAGGGAGGAUCUGGCUGGCCAGCGAGGCCUGGGCCAGCUCUUCCUUGAUUGCCAUGCCCGAGUACUUCCAUGUGGUUGGAGGCACCAUUGGAUUCGCUCUGAAGGCUGGACAGAUCCCAGGUUUCCGGGAAUUCCUGCAGAAAGUCCAUCCCAGAAAGUCUGUCCACAAUGGUUUUGCCAAGGAGUUUUGGGAAGAAACCUUUAACUGCCACCUCCAAGAAGGUGCUAAAGGACCUUUAGCACUGGACACUUUCCUGAGAGGUCAUGAAGAAGGUGGUGGCAGGAUAAGCAAUAGCUCCACUGCUCUGCGACCUCUCUGUACAGGGGACGAGAACAUCAGCAGCGUGGAGACCCCUUACAUGGAUUAUACACAUUUACGGAUAUCCUACAAUGUCUACUUAGCGGUCUAUUCCAUUGCUCAUGCCCUGCAAGAUAUAUAUACAUGCUUACCUGGAAGAGGGCUCUUCACCAAUGGUUCCUGCGCAGAUAUCAAGAAGGUUGAGGCUUGGCAGGUCCUGAAGCACCUACGGCACCUAAACUUUACCAACAAUAUGGGGGAGCAGGUGACUUUCGAUGAAUGUGGGGACCUGGUGGGGAACUAUUCCAUCAUCAACUGGCACCUCUCUCCAGAGGAUGGCUCCAUAGUGUUUAAAGAAGUCGGAUAUUACAACGUCUAUGCCAAGAAAGGAGAAAGGCUCUUCAUCAAUGAGGAGAAAAUCCUGUGGAGUGGAUUCUCCAGAGAGGUACCUUUCUCCAACUGCAGUCGAGACUGCCUGGCAGGGACCAGGAAAGGAAUCAUUGAGGGGGAGCCCACCUGCUGCUUUGAGUGUGUGGAAUGUCCUGAUGGGGAGUACAGUGAUGAAACAGAUGCAAGUGCCUGUGACAAGUGCCCCGAUGACUUCUGGUCCAAUGAGAACCACACUUCUUGCAUUGCCAAGGAGAUUGAGUUUCUGUCCUGGACGGAGCCCUUUGGGAUUGCACUCACUCUCUUUGCUGUGCUGGGCAUUUUCCUGACAGCCUUCGUGCUGGGUGUCUUCCUCAAGUUCCGUAACACACCCAUUGUCAAGGCUACCAAUCGAGAGCUCUCCUACCUCCUCCUCUUCUCCUUGCUCUGCUGCUUCUCCAGCUCCCUGUUCUUCAUUGGUGAGCCCCAGGACUGGACAUGCCGCCUGCGCCAGCCAGCCUUUGGCAUCAGCUUCGUGCUCUGCAUAUCAUGCAUCCUAGUGAAAACCAACCGUGUCCUCCUGGUGUUUGAGGCCAAGAUCCCCACGAGCUUCCACCGCAAGUGGUGGGGGCUCAACCUGCAGUUCCUGCUGGUCUUCCUCUGCACCUUCAUGCAGAUUGUCAUCUGUGUGAUCUGGCUCUACACUGCACCACCCUCAAGCUACCGCAACCACGAGCUGGAGGAUGAGAUCAUCUUUAUCACAUGCCACGAGGGCUCACUAAUGGCCCUGGGCUUCUUAAUUGGCUACACCUGCCUACUGGCUGCCAUCUGCUUCUUCUUUGCCUUCAAGUCCCGGAAGCUGCCAGAGAAUUUCAAUGAAGCCAAGUUCAUCACCUUCAGCAUGCUCAUCUUCUUCAUCGUCUGGAUCUCCUUCAUCCCAGCCUACGCCAGCACCUAUGGCAAGUUUGUCUCUGCCGUGGAAGUGAUCGCCAUCCUGGCAGCCAGCUUUGGCUUGCUGGCCUGCAUCUUCUUCAACAAGGUCUACAUCAUCCUCUUCAAGCCAUCACGUAACACCAUCGAGGAGGUGCGCUGCAGCACUGCUGCCCAUGCUUUCAAAGUAGCAGCCCGGGCCACACUGCGCCGCAGCAACGUCUCUCGCAAGCGGUCCAGCAGCCUUGGGGGCUCCACGGGAUCCACACCCUCUUCCUCCAUCAGCAGUAAGAGCAACAGUGAAGACCCCUUCCCACAGCCCGAGAGGCAAAAGCAGCAGCAGCCACUGGCCCUGACCCAACAAGAGCAGCAGCCCCAGCCACAGCAGCCCUCGUCCCUACAGCAGCAGCCACAGCCACAGCCACAGCCCAGAUGCAAGCAGAAAGUCAUCUUCGGCAGUGGCACAGUCACCUUCUCACUGAGCUUUGAUGAGCCUCAGAAGAGUGCCAUGGCUCACAGGAAUUCUAUGCACCAGAACUCCCUGGAGGCCCAGAAAAGCAAUGAGACCCUCACCAGACACCAGGCAUUACUCCCACUACAGUGUGGGGAGACAGACUCAGAACUGAGUGCCCAGGAGAGAGGCCUUCAAGGGCCUGUAGACGGGGACUUCCGACCAGAGAUGGAGGACCCUGAAGAGAUGUCCCCAGCACUUGUAGUGUCCAGUUCACAAAGCUUUGUCAUCAGUGGUGGUGGCAGCACUGUCACAGAAAAUAUACUGCAUUCAUAAAAUGGAAGAAGGUGGCCAGUCCAGGGAGGAUCCAGAGAGGAUUCCUGGGAUCAUGUUCUCUGACAGGGAUGAGGAAUCGCCCCAGACUCCUUUCCCCUGUGUGUGGAAGGAGGAAUAAGACACGCCAAACACCUCAAAUUUAGUUGCACUGCUUUAAAUAACAGUGAAUUGACUAAUGUUUCCUCUAAAAUUGAAAAGAAAAAAAAAAAAAAAAAAGAACCAUGUCCUUCUGUGGUUGGAUAUGUCAGAGUGUUGAGAUCACCAUAGUCAGAUUUGCUGUUCAUGUCUCUUCCUCUGUUCUCAUCCUCCAUUCUAUCCCAUCCAACUGCCCAGAUAUAAAACCAAGACUUUAGUAACCCACCUAUUCCCUUCUUUUUUUCUUAACACCGAAAUGCCUGCCCUGAACAUUGCAGACAGCCUGGCCCAGACACAAAAGUGUGCAGAGUGAAAAAAGUUCAGACUGGCCACCACUAGAGUUAAGAGUCUGAAAAACAGAACAUCAUCAGUGCUUCCCAGCAUCUUGACAAUGGGAAGAGAACUUCAAGUGUUCAAGAGCAUAAGGUGAACAUGUCCCCUCCUAUUUAUGAAAACCAUAAGAUAUUUGGUCUCCUACUUGCUGCUGCUAUCAUGUGACAUCUAGAAGGUUAGCAUCCCUCCUACACCAACAUGUCUGGUGGAGAAUGUCAUAGUGAUGCCAUGUUUAGAUUCCAGGAUCACAAGAAUCACCUCAAAUUGUUGGGAAGGAACUGCAUGAAUCCAAUGAGCUGUAUCUGUAAUUAAUAUUGCUAUAUGUAGCUUUAUCUCUAAGAAAAUGCUUCUGUUAUACUAAUGUUAUAAUAGUUCAUGGACAAUAUAAACUGAAAAAAUGUCAGUCUGGUUAAUAUAAGGCAGUAUUAUUGAGCUCCUUGCCUAUCCUUGCCUACCCCACCACCCUCACCUCCAUGAGCUAAGCCCAAGUAAGCCCCAGGGAUCCAUAAGUUCCCCCAAUCCCUGUCCCCAAAGCUUCCCGAAGCCAGAUCCACAGCUGACUCUGUGGAAAACAAGCUCCCAGUCAUUAGCCCCUACCAGUUGCUGGGGUAAGAAAGUGUCCCAUGAGAGCUCUCACAGGACAUUAGCCUGGCACUCUCCCUGCCAAAUGCCAUACCUAAAAUCCCUCCAGCAGUGGGAAUCUGCCCAUAGGUGGUUAAAGUGAUUGAAUGGCAUGUUUCUGAGCAUUCAGGCUCUGGAGACAGAGAGACCUGGGUUCAAGCCAGUCACUUACAAGUUGGGUGACCACAGGCAGGGAACCUUAACUUCACUAAGCCCCAGCUUCUUUGUCUCUAAAAUAGAGGUAAUAAUCAUUCUUUCCCCUCAGAGCGCUUAUGUGAAUUAAAUGAGAUGAUGUAUGUAAAGUACUUUAGCAUGGUGCCUAGCAUAUAGUAAGCAUUCAAUAAAUAUUAGUUAAUAUUA